CUAUUUAUUUAAUAAUUUUUUUCUUUCUUUCGCAUAGCGUUCACCUCACCGCCCUUUUUCCACCAUCAUCGUUGUCAUAAUUCAUCCACACACGACACGCCCUUUUUUCUUUCCCUGCAAUUUCCUUCUCUUUCUCUCUGAAUUGCAAAUCUCAAAAGCCUCAAAAGUUGGAGAGAGAAAGACUACGCACAGAAACAGCAAUAAUUCACUUCCUUUUCCAACUGUGUUCCUUUUUUUCUUCUCUCUCUCUCUCUCUCUCUCUCUGAAACUCAUCAUCGCCGUUGAGAUCUCAGUGGAUUACAUUUCCAGACAUUGUGUCUGCUGAAAAGGAAAGGAACCAUUAGGAGGAACUUUUAGCCAUGUCUAGCUCGGCAAAAAUUUUGGAUCCUGCAUUCCAGGGAGUGGGUCAAAGGAUAGGAACUGAAAUAUGGAGGAUUGAGAAUUUUCAGCCAGUUCUGUUACCCAAAUCUGAAUAUGGGAAAUUCUACAUGGGAGAUUCGUACAUCAUCUUGCAGACAACUCAAGGCAAAGGAGGCUCUUAUUUUUAUGAUUUACACUUCUGGCUUGGAAAGGAUACAAGUCAGGAUGAGGCUGGAACUGCAGCCAUUAAAACUGUUGAACUUGAUGCUGCUCUUGGAGGGCGUGCAGUGCAGCACAGGGAAAUCCAAGGACAUGAAUCCGACAAGUUCUUGUCAUACUUUAAACCUUGUAUAAUACCAUUAGAGGGGGGUGUUGCAUCUGGGUUUAAAACACUUGAAGAGGAGGAGUUUGAAACACGUUUGUAUGUAUGCAAAGGGAAAAGAGUUGUUAGAUUGAAACAGGUCCCUUUUGCAAGGUCUUCAUUGAACCAUGAUGAUGUGUUCAUACUAGACACUCAGGAUAAGAUUUAUCAAUUCAAUGGCGCAAAUUCAAAUAUUCAGGAAAGAGCCAAGGCUUUGGAAGUUAUACAGUUUCUGAAAGAAAAAUAUCAUGAAGGGAAAUGUGAUGUUGCAAUUGUUGAUGAUGGCAAGUUAGACACCGAGUCAGACUCGGGUGAGUUUUGGGUCCUCUUUGGUGGUUUUGCUCCCAUUGGGAAGAAGGUAAUCAGCGAGGACGAUAUUAUUCCAGAGAGAAUUCCAGCUCAGCUUUAUAGUAUUGUUGAUGGUGAGGUUAAGCCCGUAGAAGGUGAAUUAUCUAAAUCACUGUUGGAAAACAACAAAUGCUAUAUACUGGACUGCGGUGCUGAGAUAUUUGUCUGGGUUGGCCGGGUAACACAAGUUGAAGAACGAAAAGCAGCCUGCCAAGCUGUUGAGGAGUUUGUUGCAAGCCAAAAUAGGCCAAAAUCUACGAGGAUAACCAGGAUUAUUCAAGGUUAUGAGACACAUUCAUUUAAGUGCAAUUUUGAUUCUUGGCCAUCAGGAAAUGCUAGUACCGGUAAUGAGGAAGGAAGGGGGAAAGUUGCUGGUACACAUCAUUUGUUCUCUCUUCUUGUGAAGGUGGAGGGUUUAGGGAUGGCAAUGGGGCCCUAUGGGGGCGGGUCCGCGAACACCGCAAUCUUGAAGGGUGCACCCGCCCGCAUCGGAACCUGCCUCUCCGCGGCCCCUGGCGCCAGUCUGAAUCGUAUGGCGGACGAUGCUGGAGCAGCGUGGGACGAUGAUCCGACGGUGGAGAAGAGAGAGAGAAAGAGUAGGGGAAAAAACGCACUCCAUCUCACAUCCUGUUGGUUUGGCAAAGACAGCAACGAGGAGGACCAGGCAAUAGCUACUCGGUUGACCAAUACAAUGUCUACCUCAUUAAAGGGUAGACCUGUACAGGGUCGCAUAUUUGAAGGCAAAGAGCCACCACAGUUUGUUGCUCUUUUCCAACCAAUGGUGGUCCUUAAGGGGGGAUUGAGCUCUGGAUACAAGAAACUAAUAGAGGACAAAGGUGUAUCGGAUGAGACAUACACAGCGGAAUCUAUUGCACUUAUUCGAAUUUCUGGAACUUCUAUUCAUAACAAUAAAUCAGUACAAGUUGAUGCAGUGCCAUCAUCAUUGAAUUCUACCGAGUGUUUUGUCCUGCAAUCUGGCUCUACAAUUUUCACUUGGCAUGGAAAUCAGUGUUCCUUUGAGCAGCAACAGCUUGCAGCAAAGGUUGCUGAAUUUUUAAGGCCAGGAGUUACUUUAAAGCAUGCCAAAGAAGGUACAGAAAGCUCAGCUUUCUGGUUUGCAAUAGGAGGAAAACAAAGUUACACCAGCAAGAAAGUUGUUAAUGAGGUUGUCAGAGAUCCACAUUUAUUCACUUUAUCAUUUAAUAGAGGAAAGUUCAAUGUUGAAGAGGUUUACAACUUCUCUCAAGAUGACCUAUUGACGGAGGAUAUCCUCGUACUUGACACACAUGCGGAAGUGUUUAUUUGGAUUGGUCAGUCUGUUGACCCAAAGGAAAAGCAAAAUGCAUUUGAAAUUGGCCAGAAAUACAUUGAUAUGGCUGCAUCUUUGGAGGGACUAUCUCCACACGUACCGCUAUAUAAAGUAACAGAAGGGAACGAACCUUGCUUUUUCACAACAUACUUUUCGUGGGAUCAUGCAAAAGCUAUGGUUCUUGGGAACUCAUUUCAGAAAAAGGUUGCACUGCUCUUUGGGAUCGGCCAUGCUGUGGAGGAUAAGUCGAAUGGAUCAAGUCUAGGGGGACCAAGACAAAGAGCAGAAGCUUUGGCUGCUUUAUCAAAUGCAUUUAGCUCGUCUUCUGAGAAAGCAUCCAGUAUGACACAAGAUAGAUUGAAUGGGUUAAACCUAGGAGGACCAAGACAAAGGGCAGAAGCUUUAGCCGCAUUAAACUCUGCAUUUAGUUCAUCAUCUGGGACGAAGUCUUUUUCUCCUAGGGCAUCUGGAAGAGGUCAAGGAUCUCAAAGAGCAGCAGCAGUGGCUGCUCUUUCAACAGUUCUUACAGCUGAAAAAAAGAAAAAAUCUCCUGAUGGUUCUCCUGUGUCUAUCGGUAGUCCUGUCACAGAAAUUAGCGCUACUGAAAUUAAAAGCGAUUUCUCUGAAGUUGAAGAAGUUACAGAAGCCAAGGAAAUAGAGGAACUUGCCCCUGCAACUGGUAGCAAUGAGGAUUUGGAACCGAAGCAAGAAAAUGCAGAGGAGGGAAAUGAUAGUCAAAUGACGUUCAGUUAUGAUCAAUUAAAGACUAAAUCUGGUCAUAAUGUGCCUGGAAUAGAUAACAAACGGAGAGAGGCUUAUCUGUCGGACGAGGAGUUCAACACUAUAUUUGGAAUGGAUAAAGAAUCAUUUUACAAGUUGCCAAGAUGGAAGCAGGACAUGCUGAAAAAGAAAUUCGAAUUGUUCUAGACUUGAAAUCAACAAGUGACCUCUGCUUCUUUAGCUAGCAUGCUUUCCUCAGUUAUCUUAAAAUGAUCUUAUCUGUUGGAUAGUGUGGUUUUAUUGGGUAUAUAUACCAUAGUUUGGAUCAUAUCAUUAGCGUUUUGCUUUCGGCCUAUAUAAUGGAAGUAGCCGUGGUUAGUGUCUAAGUUUGAAUGUGACGCUGCAUGGAGAGUGAUGUUUAGUUUCUCCUUUUAGAUUGUUGCUGCCUCUUGCAAUGUUUGCAUAUUGUAGCAAUGAAGACACUAGACAAUAGACAGGUCCAAUUCAUUCAUUUUGUCCAAGUUUGUAUCUGUGUUUCUUCCUCUCUAUUUUAAAAAUUUGUUAUUGGUUAGAAAGGUGGAUGUAUAUGUAUUGCUUUUACACUUAUAACAUUAUAAUGAAAACAAAAAAAAAAGUGUUAUUUUUUUACGUUAA